AUGUCUGAUUCAGAAGGUGAAGCAUAUGAAAAACAAGUAAAAAUUGUUCUUGUUGGUGAUGGUAGUUCAGGCAAGACAUCUAUAACUGAACGAUUCUCAAAAGAUGCAUUCAAUCGUGAUUAUAAUCAAACCUUAGGCAUUGAUUAUUAUUUAAAACGAAUCAAUUUAACUCGUUCAUAUAAUGUUACAUUGGCGGUAAAUGAUGUAGGUGGACAAACAUUAGGUGGUGCCAUGUUAGAUAAAUAUAUAUUUGGAGCAGAUAUUGUUUUACUUGUUUAUGAUAUUACAAAUUUACAAAGUUUUGAAAAUCUUGAAGAUUGGUAUCUUACAGUGACGAAAUAUUGUGCUGGUAGAAAACCAUUAUUUGCACUUGUUGGCAAUAAAAGUGAUCUUGAACAUUUACGUGCGGUAAAAGCUGAUAGACAUCAACGUUUUGCUAAAGAUCGUGAUAUGUUAUCAUAUUUUGUAUCAGCUAAAACCGGUGAAUCUGUAGAAAAUUUAUUUCGUCAAGUAACAGCACAUUUAAUGCAUAUUGUUUUACCAAAACAUGAUUCUGAUGGAUCACGUAUAAUAACAGCACCAAUUAUCCGACAAGAACCAAAUAUUCCAGCAACACCUGUUAAAUCCUCUUCAUCAACAGGUACUACACGUACAUCAAUUUGUAGUUUACAAUAA